AUGCAGAUACGGCGAGCGACGAUGGAGGACAUGUACCAGGUUCAGCACUGCAAUCUGCGGUGCCUGCCGGAGAACUACAACCUCCGCUACUACAUUUACCACAUUCUCUCGUGGCCGCAGCUGCUGUAUGUGCAGGAGGACUACAAUCGCAACAUUGCCGGUUACGUACUCGCCAAAAUGGAGGACGAGGAGCAACCGGAGCAGAGCCAUGGCCACAUCACAAGCAUAGCCGUCCUGCGCAGUCACCGCCGUCUCGGCAUCGCGUCGCGGGUGAUGCGCAUCUCCAUGGAGGAGAUGCAGAAGCAGUAUGACGCCAACUUUUGCUCCCUCCACGUACGCAAGACCAAUGACGCGGCGCUGCACCUAUACCAGGACACACUCGGCUUCCGCUGUGCCAAUGUGGAGGAGAAGUACUACGUUGACGAAGAGGACGCAUACCACAUGAAGAAGUACUUCAAGGGCACAAAUCCGGGAUCCUACGUGACGGCGAGCAAGCAGCUUGUGCGCCAGCAGAACAGCAGCAGCGGUGCUGGUCCUGGUGCCAAGUCGAAGCAGAAUGGCGAGGCGAAGGUGCCGUCGGCUGGCGGGCAGCGUGGCGACACGAAGGGCGCGGAGGAAAUGCGGAGAGAGCAGCUCGAGCUCGCGGCGGAGUUACUGGAGGAGGACCACAAGGCUUCGGGAAAAGGGCGACAGCAGCAGCAGCAGCAGCAUCAGGCGAAGGGCGGCAAAAAGGGCAAAGGGAAGAAGUGA